AUGGGAUUGGCCACUAGUCUUUCUCGUAUGCAUCCGGAUGUGCUAAUCCAAUCGGAUAUGAAUAAGACAUUGGCAUUGUUUGUGGAACCGUUGUUCGAACGGCCAUUUGUGGAACAGUUGCACCAUAUGGGCCAUGAUGUCCGGAACGAGACGAGUUCGUGGCCGGGGCGUGUGGUUUCAGCCGGUUGGAACGGGUACGAUAUGGUCACCUCACUUGACAAUCGAGGAUCGUGGAAAUUGAGAUCUUAUUGA